CGGGAUACCCUGCUAUGCCCGCGAGUCCUCCGAGGCUGCGCCGCGGCGAUAUUCGUGUUUCUCCCAAGAUGGUGGCGCUGGGUUCGGGGUGAGAGAGGCGCAACGCGGGCCCUGCCCACCUCCCCGAGCGAGCGCCCCCAGCCCGGACCGGACCGCCGGCCUCGCCCUCAUCCACCGCCCUCCGGAGCCCGCAGCCCCGGCCCCUCGCCGCAGACCGGCCCGGCACAGGCAGCGGCGCCGCCUCCCUCGCCCCGAGAGCAGCGCGGGCCCCGCAUGAGCCCGGGCGGCAGCAGCAGCGAUCGCGUCAGGGCCGCGCCGGGGAGCAGGCCGCAGCGCACAGGUCCAAAACCAGUGGAAAUCCAUUUUAUAAUUUGCAAGAACAAACUUCUGAAGCUGUGGAAAAAUAUGACAUGGAAGUAAUCAGCUGGGGUGGUCCCAGGGCGCUUUGGGCACGAGCAUUGCUGAGUUAUCAUUGGCUGCCACCUGCCUGACAGAGUAGAGGACCAACCCUACAAUUUAUGCCAGUGGAGACAGAUCACAGGAAACAAUUUACAGAGUUGUUAAGCCUAGGUGUAGUCCAACUUAACGACUGGUGUGACAACCUGUUUUUAAAUCAGUGACUCAAAACUGUGAUCACCCCGAUGUCACCGAAUGGCCACAACUUGUAAAAGGGAGUUACAGUGGAGGUAAAAGGAGUGGCUUGCAGAAUGGAGAAGUUGCUCCCAGUGUUGUUGGAAAUCACCAGGAGAACCUCACUCUGAAAACAUUGAAACUAGCCGAAUGAAGCGAGCAGCUGCAAAACAUCUAAUAGAACGCUACUACCACCAGUUAACCGAGGGCUGUGGAAAUGAAGCCUGCACGAAUGAAUUUUGUGCUUCCUGUCCAACUUUUCACCGUAUGGAUAACAAUGCAGCAGCCAUUAAGGCCCUCGAGCUUUAUAAGAUUAAUGCAAAACUCUGUGAUCCUCAUCCCUCCAAGAAAGGAACGAGCUCAGCUUAUCUAGAAAACAAUUCCAAAGGUGCCCAUAACAAUUCCUGUACUGACAGAAAAAUGAACAAGAAGGAAAUGCAAGGCCCGAGAGAUGACUUUAAAGAUGUGACUUACCUAACAGAAGAGAAGGUAGAUGAAAUUCUUGAACUGUGUAGAGAGAAAGAGGACUAUUCUCCUCUAAUCCGUGUCAUUGGGAGAGUGUUUUCUAGUGCUGAGGCAUUGGUACAAAGUUUCAGAAAAGCCAAGCAGCAUACCAAGGAAGAGCUGAAGUCUCUUCAAGGAAAGGAUGAGGAUAAGGAUGAAGAUGAAAAAGAAAAAGCUGCCUGUUCAGCUGCUGCGAUGGAGGAAGAUUCCGGAGCAUCAUCGUCAUCUUCAUCAAGAGUAGGUGACAACACACAAGGAGAUAACAACCUACAAAAAUUAGGCCCCGAUGAAGUAUCUGUAGAUAUUGAAGCAGUCAGACGGGUCUACAGUAGAUUACUUUCUAAUGAAAAAAUAGAAACUGCCUUUUUAAAUGCACUUGUGUACUUGUCACCUAAUGUAGAAUGUGACUUGACUUACCAUAAUGUGUACUCUCGGGAUCCUAACUAUCUGAAUUUGUUUGUAAUUGUUAUGGAGAAUGGUAAUCUUCAUAGCCCUGAAUAUCUGGAAAUGGCACUGCCAUUGUUUUGCAAAGCAAUGAGCAAGCUACCCCUUGCAGCUCAAGCAAAACUAGUCAGAUUGUGGUCUAAGUACAGUGCAGAGCAGAUUCGGAGAAUGAUGGAAACAUUUCAACAGCUUAUCACCUACAAAGUCAUAAGCAAUGAAUUCAACAGUCGCAAUCUAGUGAAUGAUGAUGAUGCCAUUGUUGCUGCUUCAAAGUGCUUGAAAAUGGUUUACUAUGCAAAUGUAGUCGGAGGGGAUGUGGAUACAGACCACAAUGAAGAGGAAGAUGAAGAGCCCCUCCCAGAAUCCAGUGAAUUAACUCUUCAAGAGCUUCUGGGUGAGGAAAGAAGAAACAAGAAAGGGCCUCGAGUGGACCCACUGGAAACUGAGCUUGGUGUAAAAACUAUAGAUUGCCGAAAACCACUUAUCCCUUUUGAAGAAUUUAUUAAUGAACCACUGAAUGAUGUUCUAGAAAUGGACAAAGACUACACUUUCUUCAAAGUAGAAACAGAAAACAAAUUCUCUUUUAUGACAUGUCCCUUUAUAUUGAAUGCUGUUACCAAGAACCUGGGAUUGUAUUAUGACAAUAGAAUCCGCAUGUACAGUGAAAGACGCAUAACUGUGCUCUACAGUUUAGUUCAAGGACAGCAGUUGAACCCAUAUUUGCGACUCAAAGUGAGACGUGAUCACAUCAUAGAUGAUGCACUUGUCAGGCUAGAGAUGAUUGCCAUGGAAAAUCCUGCAGACUUGAAGAAGCAGUUAUACGUGGAAUUUGAAGGAGAGCAAGGGGUAGACGAAGGAGGUGUUUCCAAAGAGUUUUUUCAACUGGUUGUGGAGGAAAUUUUCAACCCUGAUAUUGGUAUGUUCACAUACGAUGAGUCUACAAAACUGUUUUGGUUUAACCCAUCCUCUUUUGAAACUGAGGGUCAGUUUACACUGAUUGGCAUAGUACUGGGUCUGGCUAUUUACAAUAACUGUAUACUGGAUGUACAUUUUCCCAUGGUUGUCUACAGGAAGCUAAUGGGCAAAAAAGGAACUUUUCGUGAUCUGGCAGAUUCUCACCCUGUUCUUUAUCAGAGUUUAAGAGACUUGUUACAGUAUGAGGGAAGUGUGGAAGAUGAUAUGAUGAUAACUUUCCAAAUAUCUCAUACGGAUCUCUUCGGCAAUCCAAUGAUGCAUGAUUUAAAGGAAAAUGGAGAUAAAAUCCCUAUUACAAAUGAAAACAGAAAGGAAUUUGUCAAUCUGUAUGCGGACUACAUUCUCAACAAAUCAGUAGAAAAGCAGUUCAAAGCCUUUCGGAGAGGAUUCCAUAUGGUGACCAAUGAGUCUCCACUGAAAUAUUUAUUUAGACCAGAGGAAAUUGAAUUACUUAUUUGUGGAAGUAGGAAUCUAGACUUUCAAGCACUAGAAGAAACUACAGAAUAUGACGGUGGCUAUAGCAGAGACUCUCUUAUUAUUAGGGAAUUCUGGGAAAUAGUCCAUUCAUUUACAGAUGAGCAGAAAAGACUAUUUUUGCAGUUUACAACAGGCACGGACAGAGCACCUGUGGGAGGACUUGGAAAAUUAAAGAUGAUUAUAGCCAAAAAUGGCCCAGACACAGAGAGAUUGCCUACAUCUCACACAUGCUUUAAUGUCCUUUUGCUUCCGGAAUACUCAAGCAAAGAAAAGCUUAAAGAGAGAUUGUUGAAGGCCAUCACAUAUGCCAAAGGAUUUGGCAUGCUGUAAUAAAUAAAUAAAUAUAACAAAAGGGAUUAAAAUUGGUGGUGGUGAUGUCCCUGUCCAAAAAAGGCCAUAAGAUAGUGAGCUACAGUAGUCACCUGUGUUUGUGCCUCCCUUCUUCACUGGGGACACUGGGCUGGAACAGCAGAUUUCAGCUGCUUAUAUGAACAAAUUCUUUAUUUUUUCUUUUAGCGUGAAAGUAUUACAUAUUCUUUCACUUGUAUGUACAGAGAGGUUUUCCUGAAUAUUUAUUUUAAGGGUUAAAUCACUUUUGCUUGUGUUUAUUACUGCUUGAAGUUGAGCCUUUUUGAGUAUUUACAAGAAAACAAACUGUACUCUCCCAAGGAAAAUAUUGCCAUCAUUUGUAGCCCAUGUAACCUUCAAGUAUGUGCUAUAUUUUUGUCCCUGUAUCUAAUCAAAUCAGGAACUGUACUUUUUUGGAAGAGUUUGCUUUUGAAACUUGAAGUCUUGGAAAACAGUGUGAUGCAAUUACUGCUGUUCUAGCCCCCAAAGAGUUUCUGUUCAAAAUCUUAAUCAAUAAAGAUGGAAGGGAGAACUUGGAAUGUUAAACUGCAGCCUUGAGAACUUUACUUUAGUCACAGCACAACAAUUAAAACUCAUUUCACUAUGUGUUGUCUUCACAUGUCUUGUAAUAUAUUGUCUUUUAAUUAGCAAAACAUAUUUCUUAGUCUACGAAAGGGUAGGCGUUUUAGUUACAUUGUUGAAGAAAAAAAAAAAAAGUUUACUGGGGAAAGUGCAUUUUCAGCCAAACAGCUUUAGACUAGAGAGUGAAGUUUGUUUGAAAAAAGGAUAGGAAGUUGCUAUAUUAUAAACAAAAAGCAUGUGGAAGUGCACUUAAAAUGAAGUUUUAUUAUUAAUUGCCUAUUACAUUGACAUUUUAAAUAGACAAUCCAAAGUCUUCCCUACAUGUUAUGUCAUCAUCCUUAUUUAAUGAACUGUUGUUCCUUUAUCAAGGCACAUGAUCAGUGUUGCAACAUAAUCAAAAGGGAUGGCUACUGUACGGUAUAUUUUUCAGCUGACAAAUAGACAGAAAUUGAAAAUGAUUAAAACAAACUUUUAAGGCUUACUUUAUUCCCAACUAUUUAAUAUGCUGUUAGAAAGGAAAUACUAAGGUUACUUUCAUCUGCUACAUAAAAUAUACAGUAGGGUUUGAAUUUAAAUCUACAGAUCAUAUCAGAAGUAAAUCCUUUACCUUUCGUAAUCUGUAUAUGUAAUGUUAACUUCUCCUGUUGCAAUAUAAAAUAAAGGGAUUAUGCAUUUUUAACUGAGGACAUAAUUGGCAUAUCUCGUUUUACUGCAAGCAACAGCUGAUGUGCAGAGCUGAGCUUGUGCCUUGACAAUUGCUAUAACUGACUACUACAGAUCAAAUCCAUUUGAUGAUUUGUGUGAAAUUGGCAUUAAAAGGCAUAGUUUUGAAAUCAUUGGAGGGAGAAAAGAUGUCUUUUCAGGAUUAUUUUAAUAAAUUCUUUCUAGUAAUAGAAACAGACAAAUGUUAUGUACCUAUAAUGCUGAAUAAAACAGUGACGUUUUUCACCAUGGUUCAGUGAAAAAGAAGACAGUGAUUUCCUUACUUUUAUAAGUUAACAUGGAGCAUCAUUAAACUAUUUAUUUUGAAACCUUUAAAAUAUAUUAUAUGCUGAGGAUGAGACAAACGUUAAGCUGUCCAGAAAUGACAUAACGCAGUGUUGCCAACCGUAAGUAUUCAAAAAUCAUGAGUCAGGCCCCAAACCAUCAAGAUUGCCUUAAAAAUUGAGAUUUUUUUUUAAAUGAGAUUUGAAAAGAUGCUUUUUAUCUGGUUUUGAGCCUUUAGGGUGUACUUAGAAUACAUUUUCAAGGUUUUCUCCACCACCAUGUGGGCUAGAAACUGUUUUUGCUUAAAUGAAAGCUGAGAUUCUCACCUAAUCACAUCUGCAGAAGCCAGGGCUUGU